GGGUUAAGGACCACUUCACAUCUAGUAUGCGAAGCCCACAGCUAAGUGAGUCUUGUAAUAGCAACCUCCGAAACUAACUUCAACCAGAUGACAACCUAGUUGAGUUCUUCACAUACUUCAACAAGUUGCUCGAACGGAAAAGAUCAGACAAAAUGGACAUGGAUUAUCAAAUGGAAAACAAAGUCCCAAACAACAUGUAUGACAGAAGCCCACUUGUUCAGCAAGUCGCAAAAUUAUACACAACUAAGAUCUACAGUUCUUUCCUUGAG